AUGGGACUUAAAGUGGCAGCAUUUGCCCUUUCGACCACUUCGCUUCUGCUCCUGACAACCAUCCCACCAUCUCUGAGUGGGAAGCAGUACAAGACCAAGAUAGCCAACAUCACUCUGGACAAAGCUGAGGCAGUCAAAGACCCGAUGAAGAACGCCAUUUGGAACUACGAGGACAACUCAGAGGCCAAGAAACAUCCGGAAGAGGAGGGCCAACAAGUGAGGAAACACAGCCGGGGGGAGGGGCAGAGCGAUGAGCAUGACGAGUGGGACAGAAUGAUCGAGAGAUUGGCCAGGGGGGACGGAGACGAGAUCAGAUUCCCAUCAAUGGACGAGAUCAUUCACAAAAUCAGCAAACGCAGCAUUAAUUACCAGUUCAACCUAAAUGAGAACCCAGCAGACCCUAACACGUACACUGGAGUGAGGGGGGACAUAGGGGGGUGCAAUGAGCAGGAUCUGGUGGGUGCAUACCACUCAUGUCUGGACAAGCAUAUCAAGAACCAUUACAAGGACAUCAGCAUCGAAGAGUCCAACAACUACUACAAGUGUAUGACUUCCAAAUGUUCGGGGUCGGCUGAUGUCAGAAACCUUGCCAGCUUGACCUCAUUAGCUCUCCUAAUGGUGUUCGUAGCCAACGGAUUUUAAAACCAUGUUUGAUCGAAAC